GCUGUCUGCGCCGGGCUGCAUGGGGGGUGAGACGAGCUCCUCACUCUGUCAGCACACACUCCGCAUCUGAGCGGACCGGACUGGACUGGAUGCUACUGGACUGACCAGAGCAGGUUGAGGGUGCUGCAGACUCCUUUGAGUGAAACGAAGGACGCGGAGGCGACUGCAGGGAAGCGCGAUGGCCGGGCGGGGGCUCUCCGGCCCUCUCCCUAUAUUCACCCUGCUUCUUGUCCUGGUGGGAUUCCUACCUGUGACCCAGGGCUCUGGCCACUUGUCUGGGUAUCGCCUGAGGUCGCGCCUGCAGAGGGAUCGCCACUUCCGCAACAUCCGACCCAACAUCAUCCUCAUCCUCACCGAUGAUCAGGACAUAGAACUGGGCUCAAUGCAGGCCAUGAACAAAACUCGGCAAGUCAUGGAAAAGGGCGGCACGCAUUUCUCCAACGCUUUCUCCACCACGCCCAUGUGCUGCCCGUCGCGCUCAUCCAUCCUGACGGGAAAAUACGUGCACAACCACCACACCUACACCAACAACGAAAACUGCUCCUCGCCCUCGUGGCAGGCUCACCACGAGCCGCACACCUUCGCCGUGCAUCUCAAUAACUCUGGCUACAGGACAGCCUUCUUUGGAAAGUAUCUGAAUGAGUACAACGGCUCCUAUGUGCCCCCUGGCUGGAAGGAGUGGGUAGCACUGGUGAAGAACUCCCGUUUCUACAACUACACCCUCUGCAGGAACGGAGUACGAGAGAAACACAGCGGUGACUACUCAAAGGACCUAUCUUGGACAGACAUCAUUACCAACGACAAGCGUCAACUACUUCCCGCAAUGUCUAAGAAGAUGUGUAAGCACUUCCUGGCUAUUUUCUCACCCCAUCUCAUCUGCCCUUAUCAAGCAAAUGAAGAGAGAGAACUCCAAGCUACAACUACGCCCGAACCUCGACAAACACUGGAUCACUCCGCUACACUUGCCAUGAAGCCCGUCCACAUGCGUCACCACAUGCUGCAGCGCCGCAGGAUUGCAGACCCUGCUGUCUGUGACGACACUGUAAACAUGUUGGUGGAGAACGGGGGACUGGACAAACCUAAAGUCAUUUACACCUUCAGAUCCAACGGCUACCAAUCGGCCAGUUCGGUCUCGUACAAGGCUCCCUAUGUGCCCCCCUGGCUGGAAGGAUGGGUAAGCACUGGUGAAGAACUCCGUUUCUACAACUACACCCUCUGCAGGAACGGAGUACGAGAGAAACACAGCGGUGACUACUCAAAGGACUAUCUGACAGACAUCAUUACCAACGACAGCGUCAACUACUUCCGCAUGUCUAAGAAGAUGUAUCCCCAUCGUCCUGUCAUGAUGGUGCUGAGCCAUGUUGCUCCUCACGGUCCAGAGGACUCGGCCCCGCAGUACAGCACCGCCUUCCCCAACGCAUCACAGCACAUAACUCCAAGCUACAACUACGCCCCGAACCUCGACAAACACUGGAUCCUCCGCUACACUGGAGCCAUGAAGCCCGUCCACAUGCAGUUCACCAACAUGCUGCAGCGCCGCAGGAUGCAGACCCUGCUGUCUGUGGACGACAGUGUGGAGAAGCUGUACAACAUGUUGGUGGAGACGGGGGAGCUGGACAACACCUACGUCAUUUACACCUCAGACCACGGCUACCAUAUCGGCCAGUUUGGUCUGGUGAAGGGCAAAUCUAUGCCUUAUGAGUUCGAUAUCCGCGUUCCCUUCUACGUACGAGGACCUAAUGUGGAGCAAGGUGCCAUAAAUCCUCAAAUAGUAUUAAACGUCGACUUGGCGCCGACUAUGCUGGACAUGGCUGGUGUUGAUAUCCCUGCAGAAAUGGACGGAAAAUCUAUCCUCAAGCUGCUGGACACAGACAGGCCAGUCAACAGGUUCCAGGUGAACAAGAAGAGUAAACCAUGGAGAGAUUCUUUCCUGGUGGAGAGAGGGAAGCUUCCACACAAGAGACCUGAUGGGAAGGAAAUGGCCCAGGAGCAGAAUUUCUUGCCUAAAUACCAGCGUGUGAAGGACCUGUGCCAGAAGACAGAGUACCAGACGUCCUGCCAGCAGCCAGGACAGGUACCUGACCGGCAGGAGCUCAGAAAGAGAGCUUUUUAA